AUGGCUUCGGUUCAACACGUGAUCGAUCCGAAAGCGGAUACCAUUAUCAUCUUACGAUCACCAGGAAACCCAGAAUACUUCGCCUUGUGGGAUAACUCGCCAUUCGAAAAUCUCGAUGCACUCGCUCAACUUCCUUUCUCCAUGGUGGCCGAGGACGUGGAGACCACGAAUACAAACGACAAUACAGUUCAUCAGGCACCAUCCGAGGGUAUCAUAAUGACAAGCUUGGAGCAUACAACUCCGGACGUUCCCGUUGGCUCGGUACUGUACUGUGUUUCUUCGCGCCAUCUUACCCUGGCUUCUCCGGUGUUCAGGAAAAUGCUAUCGCCGGACGGUUUUCGUGAGGGAUACAAGAAGCCAGAUGGCCGCUACUAUAUUGUAGCCGAGGACUGGGAAGAGGAGGCUUUUCUUAUCUUCCUCAACAUGCUACAUCUACAGGGUCGUAAGAUCCCACGCUACGCCAAUCUUGAGCUAUUGGCCAAGGUCGGCAUACUCAUAGACUACUAUGAUUGCGAGGAUGCGGUCGAGUCUUUCACUACUAGGUGGGUGAAAUCCCUCGACGGAGAUGUACCUUCUGAGUACUGUCGUGAUCUUCUACUUCAUGUUUGGGUCUCUUAUGUCUUCCGAGACGCAUAUCGCUUCCGGGUUGCCACGAAUGGGGCAGCUGGCUACUGUGAUGAGGGCACUCUUCGGACAUUAGGCCUUCCUAUACCACCGGAAGUCUCAGGUAAGUGA